AUACCAAAUCAAAAGGUCUUGUUUUAUGAUAAUUUAGCCAACACUACAUGACCACUCUAGUUGCAAUGGCAUAUUCAGCUGUUAGACGAAUGUUCGAUCAAGUUUCUGCAACCUUAAGUUCAUCAGGAAGAAAUCAUUUACCGUCUCGCAUGAGAAGAUCACGCAGCGAUGUCAAUCAAGAUGAGUUUCGAUGCUACAGUGUUUUUGUAGCCCGCGUUGCAAUCAUGGUAUAACAAACACAGUCUGGAAUUUGUUGUAGAAGUGAUGCUGGCAAUUCUUAUAGGUCUACUAACACUGCUCACAUGGCAUUUCACCAAAGUCUACACAAGAGCAUCAUUAAAUUCUUUGGCGUAUGGCCUUCGAUACGAGCUUUUGCAGCGUCCAUUAUUACGCAUGUGGAGGAUCUUGAACUCGACAGUUGAAAUAACGACAUCUCAAGUUAGACUUUCCGAGUAUGUGAUCAGAAAAUAUGGCAAAGGUGAAAACCAAGCACAACAAGUAGAGUUAUAUGAAUCCAUGAGGGAUGUUACAUGGGCACUUUUCUCAAGCCGCAAAGCUCUCAACUCGAUGUCGAUAAAGUAUCGAAACGGGUUCGUACAAGCAUUUCAUCGAGACUUGCGAGACAAGAAUACAUAUUACAUAUACUCUAAUUUAGAUAACUACACAAUGGUUGGACCUUAUAGCAUGAACAGAUCUUCAACUCAUCAAGAGUGGAAUGAUCAAAUGAUACACGGUAAUGUAUCAGCAAUCUGGUACCGAGAGCCAUUGGAUCCUGACACGGGUCGAAAGACAGGGAAACAGAAGGAGAUCCCACCUGACGAGUUGAUAAAUAUUGCAGGGAUAUCUCAAGUACCGGAUGGUGCAGCUUCUUGGCAUGUGGCUGUGAGUAAAUUUACAAACUCGCCGUUGCUGUCGGCUGCUUUACCCGUCUGGGAUGAGGAUCGGGGAAGUAUAGUGGCUGUUGUGGGAGUUACUACGGCGUUGUAUAGCGUCGGUCAGCUAAUGAAAGAGCUGGUGGAUCUCCAUGGUGGACAUAUCUAUUUGACUUCUCAAAAGGGGUGGUUGCUUGCUACUUCUUCUAGUACACCGUUGUUGAGAAACUCGUCGGAUGGAUACACGCUCAUGAUGGCUAAAGAUUCACAAGAUGAGAUCAUACAGUCUGCAGCCAAGUGGUUGAACAAAACCUACCACCACAAGCCGCCACUGAACCAUGAGAUUCACUCGGCUACAGCCACCCUUGGUCGCGAGCGCUAUUACAUAGAUUCAUUUUUCUUGAACUUAACAAGACUCCCUAUGGUGGGAGUUCUAUGUAUUCCAAGGAAGAACAUAAUGGGGAAGGUGGAUGCAAGGGAAAUUAAGACAUUGAUCAUAUUGAUAUCCGCAUCUGUAUGCAUAUUGGUCGUCGGUUGCAUUUGUAUUUUCAUAUUAACAAAUGGAGUAUCAAAAGAAAUGAAACUACGGGGGGAUCUAAUUAGCCAUAUAGAUGCUCGAAGGAAGGCGGAAGCUUCAAGCAAUUUCAAAAGUCAAUUUUUAGCCAACAUGAGUCAUGAACUUAGAACACCAAUGGCUGCUGUCAUAGGAUUGCUUGAUAUUCUUCUAUGUGACGAUUCUCUAACAAACGAACAAUAUGCAACAAUAUCUCAAAUUCGUAGAUGCUCAACCGCUCUCCUAAGGCUUCUCAACAACAUUUUGGAUAUUAGUAAGGUUGAAUCUGGAAAAUUGGUGUUAGAAGAAGCCGAGUAUGAUUUGGGGAAAGAACUUGAAGGACUUAUAGAUAUGUUUUCUGUGCAAUGCAAGAACCGCAACGUGGAAGCCAUCAUAGAUCUCUCUGAUGAUAUGCCAAAAGUAGUUCGUGGAGACUCGGGUAGAGUUGUACAGAUAUUUGCAAAUUUAAUCAGCAACUCAAUCAAGUUUACGACAUCGGGAUACAUUAUUCUGAGAGGAUGGUGCGAGAAUCUGAAUUCUUUCAGUAAUAACGAGAACUUCUUUGUUGAUCAAAGAGCUUUAUGGUCCGCGUACCAGAAAAAGAUCAGACGCAAUGAGAAAAGAACCUGCAAGAGUGACAACACAAUGAUUCUUUUCUUUGAAGUUGAAGAUACCGGUUGUGGAAUCGAUCCGAGCAAAUGGGAAUCGGUAUUUGAAAGCUUCGAACAAGCAGACCCCUCAACAACUAGACUGCAUGGUGGAACUGGUCUCGGGUUAUGCAUUGUUAGAACCCUGGUUAACAAGAUGGGUGGAGAGAUAAGAGUAGUCAAGAAAAAUGGAUCAGGGACUCUAAUGCAACUAUAUCUUAUACUCAACACGCCUGUAGAUAUACCAAGAGAAAGCUAUAGACUUAAAUUUGUAGAACAUAACUUGAAGGUAGUGCUCGCACUCAAUGGAAGAAUGAGUGGAUCGAUUCUUUCGCGUUGGCUACAUAAACUUGGAGUACCCAUCUGGGAAGCGAACGAGUGGAAUGAACUGACACGUAUCCUUCAGGAGCUCUUUAAGCCCACAAGUUAUGCGCAAAACUUAACGUACGAGCAUUCAGAAGCUGAGUCAUUAAACAAGGAAGGGGUAAAAAUGACAGUUUUCAUCAUAGUAAUUGAUAUCGGAAUGCUUAACAUAAGCACAAACAUAUGGAAGGAGCAGCUCAACUUCCUAGAUGCGUUCACCAGAAGAGCAAAGUUUGCUUGGAUACUAAACCAUGAUACGUCUAAUACCAUCAAGAUUGAGCUUCGAAGACGAGGACAUUCGUUAAUGGUAAACGGGCCAUUAUACAAGACAAAAAUGAUUCAAAUCAUCGACGCUGUUAUAAAAGAAAGCAGUCUUGAGCAGUCGAAAAAAUAUAUUGAUUCGCAUGAACGUCUUCACAUGAACACAAAAAGUUCAAAUAGUUCCGAAAUAACAGAAACUAAUUCAACCGGAAGCUUGCAAAAUGAAGAAACAAAUCAAGAAAACUUUGCAGUCUAUGGAGUUAUUAGCAAUUGCUUCCCGGAGCUAACUGAAGUCGGGUCAGAGUGGGGCCAGUUGACAUCUUCUCGAAAUGAUAACUCAGACUGUGAGCAAGAGACUCAUCAAGCAGAUCAGAAAGUCAAGAAUGGUCAAAAGGCUCUUGCAGGCUUACACAUAUUGUUGGCAGAAGACACGCCGAUACUACAGAAAGUAGCAACUAUGAUGCUUGAGCAGAUGGGUGCUAAGGUUGUGGUUGUCGGAGAUGGUGUGCAGGCAGUUGAAGCUCUAAAUAUUCAAAAAGAGGUAGAAAAUGUUGAGAAAUCUUGCGAGCCUAGACCGUUUGACUUGAUACUCAUGGACUGUCAGAUGCCAAAGAUGGAUGGUUAUGAAGCAACGAAAGCAAUUCGAAGAGCGGAAAUGGAAUCAGAAUCACACAUUCCCAUCGUCGCGCUGACAGCACAUGCCAUGUCAUCAGAUGAAGCCAAAUGCUUAGAAGUGGGUAUGGAUGCAUAUCUAACAAAGCCAAUUGACUGCAAGCUUAUGGUUUCCACUAUUUUGUCCUUAACUAAGUGUAGAACCUAACUCUCACAUUGGUUACUAAGAAGCAUAUAAUAAUCAACAAGUAUUAUUUGACAUCCAA